CCUCUUUCUCUCUGUCUUUCUCAAUAGUUCUCUCUUGCCUCAUCCUCUGCCACCAUUAACAUAACGUGACGGAGACACAAGAGAGGCAGAGAUGGCGGAGCAACAGCUAGGAGUGCUCAAGGCACUCGAUGUUGCGAAGACACAACUUUACCAUUUCACGGCGAUUGUCAUCGCCGGUAUGGGAUUCUUUACGGACGCCUACGAUCUUUUUUGCGUCUCUUUGGUGACAAAGCUCCUUGGCCGCAUCUACUACUUCAAUCCGUUAUCAGAAAAGCCUGGCUCACUUCCCCCUCAUGUUGCGGCCGCGGUCAACGGUGUGGCCCUCUGUGGGACCCUUGCCGGUCAGCUCUUCUUCGGAUGGCUCGGUGACAAGCUCGGAAGGAAAAAAGUAUACGGUAUCACUUUGAUCAUGAUGAUUCUCUGCUCUGUUGCUUCCGGUCUCUCCUUCGGAAACCAAGCCAAGGGUGUCAUGACCACUCUUUGCUUCUUCAGGUUUUGGCUUGGAUUCGGAAUUGGAGGUGACUACCCUCUUUCUGCCACCAUCAUGUCUGAAUACGCCAACAAGAAGACUCGUGGUGCUUUCAUCGCGGCUGUGUUCGCCAUGCAAGGUGUCGGUAUCUUGGCAGGAGGUUUCGUAGCACUUGCAGUUUCUUCCAUAUUCGACAAAAAGUUCCCAUCCCCGACCUAUGCGGAAGACAGGUUCCUCUCAACGCCUCCACAAGCUGAUUACAUUUGGCGUAUAAUUGUCAUGUUUGGCGCUCUACCCGCGGCCAUGACCUACUACUGGCGUAUGAAGAUGCCCGAAACUGCCCGUUACACGGCUUUAGUUGCUAAGAACAUCAAACAAGCGACGCAAGACAUGUCCAAGGUCUUACAAAAGGAUCUUGAGAUUGAAGAGAGGGCGGAAGAUAUCAUUCAAGAUCCCAGACUUAACUAUGGCUUGUUCUCCAAGGAAUUCCUUAGACGCCAUGGACUUCAUCUCCUUGGAACUACCUCAACUUGGUUUUUGCUUGACAUCGCCUUCUACAGCCAGAACUUGUUCCAAAAGGAUAUCUUUUCGGCUAUCGGAUGGAUCCCAAAGGCGGCUACCAUGAACGCCAUCCAUGAGGUUUUCAAGAUUAGCAGGGCUCAAACUCUCAUCGCGCUCUGCAGUACUGUUCCAGGUUACUGGUUCACGGUUGCGUUUAUUGAUAUCAUCGGAAGAUUUGCAAUCCAGCUAAUGGGAUUCUUCAUGAUGACCGUCUUUAUGUUCGCCAUUGCCUUCCCUUACAACCACUGGAUCCAACCGGACAAUCGUAUUGGAUUCGUGAUUAUGUACUCUCUCACCUUUUUCUUCGCCAACUUUGGACCAAACGCAACCACUUUCAUUGUACCGGCUGAGAUCUUCCCGGCCAGGCUAAGGUCUACAUGCCAUGGAAUAUCAGCCGCGACAGGUAAGGCUGGAGCCAUUGUGGGGGCUUUUGGGUUCCUCUACGCGGCUCAGCCACAGGACAAGACCAAGACCGAUGCAGGAUAUCCACCGGGCAUUGGAGUCAAGAAUUCAUUGAUUAUGCUUGGUGUCAUUAACUUUGUUGGUAUGCUCUUCACUUUCCUCGUCCCCGAGCCCAAGGGCAAGUCCCUUGAAGAACUCUCCGGCGAAACUGAGGUUGAGAAAUGAUUACGUAAUGUUGUUUGUGGUCUUUUUAUUAUUAUCUUUCACUUUCCAGUUUUCUUAUUCUCUUUUGUGUGAUGCACUAAGUACGAAUGUUUUGUGAUCUGGAGUACUUCCAUCUCACCGCCCUGAGUGCAAAUCUUGUGAUCGACAUUUUGUUUUGUUCUAAUCAACAAUGUCAAUGAAAUCUUUUUAAAAUUUGAUUUUCCAUUGUCACCAAUUAUGUUUGAGUUUGACUUCCAAUUAUUUCUUGGAAUCUGCAAACUCAUUCUGCAUGCACAUUUACAUUGAUUCGUUCUAAUUUUA